GGAAACUCGCAACUCAUUCCUCUUGCGUGACAACCAGAUAUAAUUUAAAAUAAAUACGCAAACUAUCGCACUUGGCGUGAGGUCUAGAAUGUUUGUCUUUAAUAUUCCAUCUGUCAUCUAAAAUAACCUUUAAUAGCACAAAAAGGACAAAAGGUUAGCAUUUAUUUGGACUGUACUCGAAGGUGUUCGAAUAUUUUCUGCACAAAUCGGCUACAAAUAUUUAAUCGGGUCAGCUGAAGAAUUUACAUAUUAAUGUACCGAGUCAUCAGACGUAUACUCCAAAAAUACUCUACUUGGAGUUGUUUGGCGUUUGCGGCUCGCUUCACUAGUCGGGGAAAUAUCCCGCCAAUACUAUUACAGAACGGAUAAAGUCUCCUAUAUGUCUUUAAAGAUGGAGGAUUGGAAGAUCUCUUGGUUGUAAUGAGGGAAAAGAAAGGUUCCGUGAGAGGAAAGGAAGAGGUUGACAGAAUACGUGUUUUUGUGCGUAUUCGACCUUUGAAUGAUGAAGAACUUAGAAGAGGAGAAACAGUUGGUUUUGAAACGAUAACAGAAAGAAAUGAGAUUGUUUUCAGUGAUGGUAAGGAAAAGAGAUUUAAUUUUGAUGGCAUCUUCACAGCCAGUGCAUCAAACAGAAGGGUUUUCAAAGAAAUUGGUAAACCAUUGGUUGAUGCGGCAUUCAGGGGGUAUAAUGGCACUCUCAUGGCUUAUGGACAAACAGGAACAGGUAAAACUUACACACAGAUGUCUCAUGGUGGUGUUUGCAUGCUGUCAGUUCAGAAGCUUUUCAAGAGAAUACAAAAUGAUGGCCAGCAUGACUACAAGGUUUACCUGUCGUACCUGCAAAUCUAUCAAGAGAAGAUCUUUGACCUCAUUAACCCUGACCACAGACUUGAAAUGGUUUUGAGAGAAGACCCUAAGAAAGGAGUGUAUGUGGAAAACUUAACAGAGUACGUUGUACGGAGCGCUGAAGAGGUGAUGUCUUUGAUAAGGUCAGGGAAAAAGAGACUGAUUUUUGCUGAAACCCGAAUGAACAGACUUUCAAGCAGGUCCCACUCGGUCUGUCAAAUAACGGUCGAAAGAUCUAUCGCAAGAGAAAGUGUGCAAAAAUCUGNCUCUACUGUAACCAAUUCCAGCACUGCCUCGACCCARCCUCGGAGACGACACAGUAGCCAUGACAACUCAGACGCCAUAAGCUCCAAAAUACCAAUGCCCAAAUUUGGUAUAACACGUGCGCAGGCAAUCCMUGAUCACGUGACAAGCGCUUCAAAGAUCCCUACACCUCUGAGAAGAGGCUCGCACGAUGAACAGAAGAAUUUCCAUUCAUUCAUACCCCAYCAAGCUUCUACUCCCAAUCUUCGUACGCCGACAGAGAGUCUAAGAACGCCGAGUAAUUUUAGAUUUGCGUCUGUGUCUUCUCUACCUGAGCUGCCUUCAGCCAUCAAGCCACCGAAUAGGUUAUCGUUCCAUGAACUUACUGAUAUUAUUGAGAUGGUAUUAAUAUUGCUUUGCAUUUUUCGUCUUGUAUUUCAGAAAUCUCCUGUAGGUAUUUCUGGUAUUUUUGAGGACGAGUCUGAUAUUUUUGAUGAAGAGGAGGACGAUGACGAGGCAUUCUUGCAAUCGAUAAAGAUUCGUGAUGAUGUCGUAACGAGGGGGAGAAUAAACAUAUGUGAUUUGGCCGGAAGUGAAAGAGUCAAGCGAGCCCAAGUAGACGGAGAAAGGCUAUCAGAACUACAGCACAUUAACCUGUCACUAUUGGAAUUGGGGAACACGAUCCACGCUCUUUCAGAAGGUAACAGGACUCAUAUUCCAUACCGUAACUCGACCCUGACGCGGCUUCUUCAGGACAGUCUUGGAGGAAACUGUAAAACUGUUUUUGUGUUGUGUGUCUCUCCCACAAGAAUGGACCUCAGCGAAACGAGAUGUACGCUGGAGUUUGGCUCRCGGGCACUCAAAAUCAAAAACACCACUUAUGUCAACAUGGAGGUCGACUUUGUUAAGCUUGCUGCUGAUCUGCGAAGAAAACUAGAAGCACAAGACCUUGAGAUUCAGUCCCAAAAAGAAUGUUACGAAAAACAAAUGCAAGAGCUACAGAACGAUCAACUUGCUAAGCUGGCCGAGAAAGAGUCGCUCUUGGAGCACGAGAAAGAUGAAGCCAGAGAAGAGGCGGAGAAACUCAAAGCUGAAAAUGAAAAUCUCAAGAAACGCCUCGAGGAGGARAGCAACAGGAAAAGUCUUCUGGAGCAAGAAAAUCUUGAAUUCUUAGAAAAAUCUCUACGAGAAGAAAAAGAAAAAAGUGAAAAACUAAGCGAGCAUCAAAGAGAGAUUGAACGACUGAAGCAAGAACUCAAAGAAGAAAAACGCAAGUCAGUUUUACUUGAAGAGCGAACCAAGGUUGACCUUGAAAAUUUACUCGAAGCAGAGAGACAAGAAGCCAUUAGACGUCAGUUAAUGGAGAGAGAAAAGUUUGAAGCAGAGCUCGAGGAAGAAAGACAGCGCGGACUAGUUGAGCAAAGAAAACAAACAGAGAGAGUUUAUCGUGAUGCGUGCUGUCAAUCACCUACUGAAGACAUGAUUGAUAUCGGACUAGAUCAGCCCGUGAUUCCAGAAUGUGCGUCAACAGAAACGCUUYACAACGUUCUACUCGCAGAAAUCAUGUCUCUGCAACUGUUAUACCAAAUGCAAGAUAUUGCUGAUGUCUGUAAUGGUGUUCUUCCAAGAUCGACUGAUAGUGGRUGGGCUGAUUAUGACGAUGAUCUGCUGGAAAACGUAGGGAUGAAUCUGCUAGAGAAAGGAGGGAUUAUUUUGGACACUUUGAGGCAUAGYGGUGACGUAACAUCACACAUGACAAGUACCGAUUCUCUACGAGAUGUUUUUGUAUUUCCAUUUCCAUCGUCUCCUAAGAUUUCGUGCAGCACCGAAGAACGAAGCAAUCCCUCCAUUUUAAGAAUCUCUCGCGACCUCAUGAACGAAUUCGGUCGUAAAGAAACCAUCCUUGAGCAGCUCCAUAACGCAUCAUCUUCCACCAUGGGAUCCAAAAUCAGUAGUGAAUACUCCAUUGAUAACAAAAACGUAGAGUCUGGGACGAGCUCUAGUAUGAGCUCCUAUUGUGACCAAGAACCCUUGAGCCCACGUGCAAAACGUCAACCAAGUGACAGCGGUUGUAGUACACAGCACAGCGAAACUGAUUCUCCAGUGGAGCAACGACCAAAACUUCACAAGGCAUUCAGCAGUAAAGGUAUUGGUUCAAAUGUGUGUGUUCCGUUAGCAGAAGAAGAUGAUGAAGAUUUAUUCAACGACAUGGAAGAUGUUGAACAGGAACAAAGCAUGGAGAUACUAAAAGACAGAGUAUCUAAACUCGAUUUAGAGUUGACAAGGCUGAAGAAUGAGCUGGACAGAGAGACUGUCAACUUCUUCUCGGCGGUAUUUCUGGUGGACUUGUCUUCAUAUGUUGAGGAAGAUUCGCCCCGCGUGAUGAGGUACCUAUUCGACUGUGUACGAGAUAAACUGUCCGCAGAGAUCGCUAACAAAAGCGACACUAGCAAGGAAGCAAACGACCUUGAGCUUCCAUUAUCAGUGUUAGAACAGGCUGUCAAUCUUCUUCUGGUGAACAAAACGGUCUUGAGCUGUAUACUGGUGCUACAGAAUAGAGCGCGCAUCAGUGAAAGACAGAGAGACGACCCACUGCCAAGUAUCGAUCUGUCGUCUACACUUGAACCACAAGAAGACCUCAAGAUUGAUCAAGAAGUUCAAACAGAAGAACCAUCRCGAUCCUUCAAGCAACACAAACGAAGAGAUGCUGGUACAUGCACAGAACCUACGAGCCCUGUACAUCACAGGGAAUGUCAGACAAGCGAUGAUUGGACCAUAUCAAGUUCUCCUAUCCUGAGUGGCAAUCAAGCAAGUGGCACGACCGCAAUCAGCCAAGAAGAUCCCUGGAGCAAACGGCUCGAAGAAGCAUUGACAUCCAACGAUACAUUCUUCUCCGAAAACCUAUCGCGUGUUCCCGAUGGCGCCUCCAUAGCUGAUACGCCUAGUGCUGGCGCUAGUGUUGAAGAACAUCUGCCAAUCAGAAACCAGAAAGAAGAAAAUCAAAUCCCAUCAGAAGACGAAGAAGAUGAGAACUCGAAACAGAAGAAGAAAAAAAUGAACUUACUUUCUUGUUUAGGACCAAGGGCUAAAAUAUCUUUUAGAAAAAAGAAAAACGCAAAAGCACCUGGAGAAAAACCCGAUAAAUUAAGUAAGAAUAAAUAGAUUUUUUAAAAGUAAAACACAUUCGACAAUAAAGGAACAUUAUAUAGGGGAUAUGAAAACAUUUAUUAUUUGCUGAACUGAAACAAUGACAGUUAGUUAGUUAGUUUAUUACGAAAAAUAUAUUUGAAUAAGAAGUAAAUCACCACUGCCCUACAAAUAGUUAAGACUAAUCGAGGCAGUGUAAUGCAAGCGAAUAAAGAGGAACAAAAAAUCCAUUGGUAAACGCCAUCUUCAGACAUGUUGAAUUAGGUUGUAAUUUAAACGCUUUGCCUUGUGGAAAAUCCAGCUUUCAAAAGAAGAUAUCAUUUCUCAUAUUCGCAAAAAUGCCCGUUGAAAAUAAAGAAAGAGAGAAGUCACAGGAA